UAUUGACCCGCGAGUUUUGAAUAUGGCAUAUUUAAACGGAAUAUUUCAAUACUUUUACAAAGAAAAUGUGGAAAUGGAUAUAACAGAAACUAGGAGAAAUUCCCGGUUUGUAAAAGGUAUAGUUGAAGAAAUUCUAAAAUACGUUCACGGUGCAGACGAGAGAUUUUCGAUAACUAAAGAGUGCGUUGGGAGUUUUCAUUCGUAUACCAAGGUGUCAGAAGCAGAUGAGUUUGACUUCAGUGUAGUAUUUGAUACCGGGAUGAAACAUCAGUGGUUACAUUUACAUCAAAAACCAUUCUAUGACUUAGACAGUAAGCUGAAAAAGGUUAUCCAUUCCCAUAAUCCACUACCAAGAAUGUUAUUGAAAUUUCCAUUACUUGUUAAUAUUUCGGUUCAAAAAUGGAAGCCCCAAGGACUAAAUGAAGAACCAAACUGUGUUACGAUAGGCGAUUUUAUUGUUCCAAUCCUAGUGAAAAGACAAUUUAAAACUCUAGUUUGUGCUGCUGUUGACCACAUUAGUAAAACCAGAACUCUCAGUUAUCAUGGUUAUCAAGUGAUUGUUCAAAAUCUGAACGAAUCUCCAGCUAUAACAAUAAUCAUAAGACAACUAGAGGGAGACGAUAUAAGCAUAGACAUGGCUCCGUUACUGAAGUUACAGCUACCAUUUAAGUCUGAGAUGAGAUGGCAGCCUGACUUUGGAUGGCCCAUACCUGGAGCUAAGUGGCCGUCCUCUGAAAAAGUACAGCAAUUGUUUGCAGUUGGAAUAAACUUAGUGACGACAGACCUUCUAUAUUGGAAACUUUCAUUUGCCACAUGUGAAAGAGAACUGCUUAAAGACAUUGAUAGGGAUGGGACAUGUCGCAGAAAGUCUCUUCGAAUAAUGAAGCGGCUUCGUGAGCUAAUUUGGUGUCCUAAAGAGGUGACUGACGGUCUAACAUCGUAUCAUUUGACCAAUAUUCUGUUCUUCGAGUGUGAUCGCUAUCCAGAGGAGCAUCAAUGGCGGCGGCGUCUCUUAGGGAAACGGAUCCUCUCUAUGUUGGGACGCCUUCUUGAGCAUAUUAAAGAAAAGCAUCUGCCACAAUACUUUAACAGACAGACGAAUCUUUUUGUGAAGAAAAGCCACCAAUCUUUAGACAAAGCUGGAAUAUAUAUAAAGAAAUUUAUAGAUCAACCAGAAAAGUAUUUGAAUAAUCAACUGUGUAACGACGAUAUUGAGGAAUGCAAAGAUUGAAGUACUUAUGUUAUAAUAAGCGUUCUGUUAAUUAGCAUACUCUAGUCGAAUAUCUGCCAUUCUGGUCAAUAAAUUUCAUAUUGUA